UGUCAGGAAUGUGAAGAUCACCACAGUCCAAGCAGCAAAGUGUUGGAUUGUGAGGAUGAUUCUGAAAAUGGAUCCAGGCAAGAAGAUCUGCAGGCCUGGAGUGAGAUGUCCAUCAUGGAGCGGUUGGGACAUAAAAGUGUUGACAUGACAGAAGAGGAGUUGGAGGAUGCCUUCUCUCACCUGGCCUUAGCCUUCCACUGUGAUCAGUACACACUGGACCAGAGGCUGCAGGCUGAGGAACAUGCUCGCAAUUAUGCUGAGGAGAGCCUGAAACUGGAGGUGGAGCGAGGACAAGACCUGCUGGAGACUCUGAAAGGAAUGUGUUUGGACAUUAAGCGUGCAAAAGUCAUACAGAGCCUUGAACUGUGUCUGAGCAUCAUUGGCGGAACUAUCGAGCGAAUCGCGAACACUGCAGAAGUUCUUGGAGCGGUACACCAGGAGGCCAAAGUCAGCCGUGCAGUGGAGCUGAUGGUCGCUCAUGUAGAAAACCUGAGGUGCCGCCAUGAGAGGGACAGUGCAGAACUGGAGGAGAUAAAGAAGCAGAUGCAGAAGGGCAGCCGAGGCCGACAAGCCUCUGAAAUCUGGGAAGAAAUAGAGACAUUCCAAAAGACUGAGAAAGAAACGCAUCAGCCCUCUUUGCGGCGCAGGAUCAGUGCAGCUAUCAUCUCAAAGCAGGACCAGAACACCCAGAGGGAUGCUGAAGUAAACCCAGUACCAUCUGAAGAAGCACCGGAUACAAAUAAAUCAGCGCGUAUCAACACCACUGAUCAUGGAGGAUGUACUGAAACCAAGCCAGGUCAAGGAAAUGAUCAUCAGCCUCCUGAUCGAAGCCCGUUAGAAUGUGCAGCAGAAGCUGGAUCUUCAGCAGCGUGUAACUGUAGACCAGUGGUGCUGGACCCCUGCACUCAUCCCUCCCCUCACCAGUGUUCUACAGCUGAACACCACAAGGAGACUGACAUGCCUUCUAUGAACAAGCCGCACUCCACGUUACCUCGACACAGGCUGAAGAGUAAAGCAGCACUAGAGACCAGCUCAUCAGGGGCCAAGGGGUCACAGCACAGUCUCAGUGUGUCUAACACACUACCAACUGGCCUACAGCGCUCCUUGAUCCAGUGGAUGCUUCACUGUCGCUGGAUCAUUAUCACAAUCUAUCUUAUAGUGCUGUGCUCCAUUAUCAUCCUGGCCAUCCUAGUCUGGUUUCUACAGGCUCCUGUGUUGUGGUUGUGAAGCAAAAUGCAUUUCCAAAGUUUGUAAAAUAGUCAAAUAUACAGUAACAUGCCAAAAGUCAUAGAAUAGCUGAAUGUACAUCCAUUGCAAAGGGUUCCCUCAGGGGACAAUUUGGGAACGGCCACAUCUUAAAUACUGCCAGGAAUUACUGGAGUUGAGUUGAGGUCUAAUUGUGGGUGCAGAUGGAUGGGAUGUUUCAUUUGUAAAGUUGGGCAGGUAUUUAACAUUCUUUGAUCCGCAGUGCCAGUGUACUGGAAAUACUGUCCAUCAUAGAAGGCAUUAAUUACCACCCACAGUGGACAACACAGUCAGUAGGGGGUAAUGAUUGUGACCAGCAGCUUCUGUCUGGAAUUGUCCAUGUGAACAGACUGAGUGACAGAGUGACUCACAUACAAAUUCAGUUCUGGAGAUGCCACACACAUAUCCUGCAAGUCAGUGCAGCAUUCUUUAGCUUCCCUGGGACAUGGCAAAAGUAAUGGGACAAUAUAUUGUGGCAUGACUCUAACAGAGAAACUUAAGUUAAUUCUACAGACUCUAGAGGCCCAUUGGGCCGUAGUAUGUUCUUUUGAGUUAUUUUGGGUGUGGUGGAGGGCAUUUAAAAGCCAAUAAAGGUAUAUUUUGAGUUCAUUUACUCCCUGUGACUGUGUAUCUCUGUGUGCUUCCUCCCUCCGGGUCACAGUGGUCAUGCCCCUAACCCCAAGGGCCUAUCACAAUAUAUAUACAAGGGUAGAUGGUGGAAUGUUGCUUCACAUACACUAUAUAAAAAAAGGAAAAUCAUGCCAAAGCAUUUUGCCGUUUUGCAAAUCCCUUUUUUAUUUUAUCCUUUGUUGGGGGUAAUUUUUCUCCCUAUUUUAUUUGAGUCCAGUUGGGUCAGCUAAUACUCCCCUCAUCAUGGUACCAAACUGUGAGGGUGAAGGCUAUCACACUCUUUAUCUGAGACACAUUGGGCCGUAUUGUACAGUACACCCUGCGCCGUCAAAAUAGCAUCAGAAAUUAGAAAUAAAUGUAUACUGGUGAGCAGAAAACGCAGGUGCGCUGCUGACUGAAUGGAACCUGGACAACAGUAAAUCGACAGAGUCCAUUACUUUAGGUGCGCCAUUCGCCAUGCACUGCUGUUUCCUUAAAUGAGCUGCUGGCGUAACUUCACAGCAUGAAGUAUAAAGCAGGUCAGUAUUCUCGGCUGAGACACACAAAGCAGCAUGCUGUUAUGAUACGAACACGCCAAAGUCAGAGUGCACCUGCCUCUUAAAGGGAAGGUAAACUGGCACACUGUUUGGUUUAUUUCAUGUUACGUCCAAAAAACACCCAUGAUUAAUUAAGAGAAAUAGUAUUACUAUUGUUCGUUGAAUUAGGGCCCAUUAUGUCAACAAGAGCUGCUGCUAAAUCAACACGCUUGCAGGAGAACACUAGCUGCCAGUCCUGUUAGAUUGGUGUAGCAUUGUGCUCAGUGAUGGGGGUGAGGGUUCCCUGUGAAGGAUUGCUGUAGCAUCACCGUGGAUCAGGAAAUCCACCCUUCCAUCUGUGUACCGAGGGUGGUUUAUGGUUUUAUUGUGGUCACGUCUAUUGUGUGUUUUUGUUUUAUGUAAUGAGGACCACAGCGGAAAUAAGCUUUAGAGCUUUACUGUGUCUUAAUCCUCUGUGGUUUUAAUGUGUGUAAUGUCACCUGCUGUGCAGUGUAAUGUGUGUUUUAAUCAACAAAUAAAUGUAAAGCUCUUAAUCCAGGUUUGUUUAAUCAUAAAUAUGAACAGGUCCGUACCCUCUUGGUUGCGUGGGGGGUAAAAAAAAGAAGAAAUGA